UGAUUGGCAGCACUGAUAAAAAAUCAUUUCGACAUUUCCUAACCCCAGUUUUGAUUCCAUUGGAAAUAUUAAAAUUUGUCUUGUUGUGCGUUAAAAGUAUUAUUGCAGUGCUUGUAUAGCAUUAAAACAUACAUAGUAUCCAUUAGUUUCAAUUGAAGCUAUGGAAUAAUUGUCAUGUGUUAAAUUGUUCUUACGUAAGCUGCAUCCGAAAUAACUUACGAAAAAAUGGGCAAUAGUGUAUCUGCUUUUUCUGGGGUCACCCCUUCCGAUAAAGUGAAUCCUCCUCCGUCAUGCCCCAUGCACAAGAAGACUCCUGAAGAGGCCGCUCCACCAGCGCCAGCAGCAAAGCCUUCAGAAUGCCCUGUCCAACACGGGAACGAUGUCAAUCCUUACAACAUGAUGCCCCCAGCCAAUCAGCAACCAGCCCCUGACCAGCCCUUCAAUCUUCCAACCAACCGCCAAGUGUCGUCCAUCCCCCGCGCCAUGCCCGACGGCUCCACAGAGUUCUGGGUGUACCCAAGCCAGCAGAUGUUCUGGAAUGCCAUGCUCCGCAAGGGCUGGCGCUGGAAGGACGAGGAUAUCAAGCCCAAAGACAUGGACGACAUUAUUAAAAUCCACAAUGCCAACAAUGAGCAGGCUUGGCAAGAAGUGUUGAAAUGGGAGGCCCUACAUGCUAAGGAAUGUGGGCACCCUCGCUUGAAGAGUUUUGGAGGCAAAGCCACUGACUACAGUCCACGGGCCAGAUUCCGCAAUCUGUUGGGAUAUGAACUGCCAUUUGACCGCCAUGACUGGAUCGUGGACAGAUGCGGCAAAGAUGUCAGAUACAUUAUUGACUACUACGACGGGGGCGAACUGGACAACAAAUACCAGUUUGCCCUCCUGGAUGUGAGGCCAGCCUUUGAUUCUGUUGAAAAUGUCUGGGACAGAAUGAAGGUGACCUACAUGAGGUACCGCUAUGACCUUCUGGGAUCUAAGGAGGAGAAAUUAAGUCAAUAAUUAGAUAUUUUAAAGCCAUUAAAUAUGUCAAACACCUUGAGACAUCAUGGACUUAUUCUAUUAAGCAAUAUGAUCACAUCGGCCAUAUUAAAUUCAUCAUUCAUCACAGAAGAAUGCUUGAUGUAGUGAGUUUGUAAAUUCCCAGCUGAUUUCAACAGUCUGAAAUAUAUCUGGGUUUAUUUACCUAUGUAUAUUAUGCAUUACAGUAUGAAAUCUCUUGGAUUGUGAGUCAAUACGAUGUUGGUAGUCACGGGCAAUAGGCCAAUCUAUUAACUAUAGUCUAGUGUUGUCCAUGGUUGUACUUAAUUAUUAAAAUUAUGCUGAACAUUAAGUUGGCAAGAUGAUGGUGGGGUUCUCCUGUCGGCGUAUUUUGUCACUGUAGAAACUCUUUGUGAUCAUGUUUUAAUUGUUACAAAUAAUAGAGAUUACAAAGUUAUUUUUUUUUAAGUUCUUAUAGUUUGAAACUAUACUUUGACUAACUGAAUAUUUAUUUCAAUCAAAAGUAAUAUCUCAUCCUACUAUAACAUUAAAUUAUUAUAAAUUGAAAGCCCAUAAAGCUGAAAACUACUGCCUAUUACUGAUAUGUUUGGGUUUACACUUAAUAAAAAUAAUUUAAGUGAUGUUUAA